AUGGAGGACUCAGCAAUGAAAUGCAUCGUUCAGAAAUUCAAGACUUCAUUACCAUGUAGUGAUGCCAAGUGUAUUUUGCCUUCGUUGGCUUGUAAUAAACUUGCAUUUUUAUCCACAUGUGGGGAGUUAACAGUCGUCGAUAUUGCUCGUGACAACGUAGCUGGACGACAUGUUAUAGAGGGUGUUGAGAGUUUCAGUUGGCUGGCAGAUACAGGUGUUGAUGAGGAUGAAGUGCAGUGUCCAGCAUUCUGUGUAGUUGACAAAAACCUUGGUAUAUCCGUCUAUACUCUCAGAAGUGGCACUUUAGAGACAGUGUAUGCAUAUGAGGCAGCAUUUAUCAAACAGUUACUAGAGAACAGAGAUGUUGUGCCAACGAGUCUGGAACUGCUUAGUUACAGAGGAAAUAUCAUCUGUUUGAACUGUGGCAAUUCCACAGUAGUCUCCCUUCAGUUGAGGCGAGAUGAGCCGGUGACUGCGCUAUCUGUCCUAUCCCUGAACCAUAUCCAUACCUCCCCAGCUGACCCCGGGUCUCCAGUCUCUUGCCCGUACUGGACUGUGAAGAGAGAUGUCCUAGUGGCUUAUGAUUCAAAUAGUCAGAAACUCUUUGUGUACAGCGUAACCAGUGGAGGGUUACUAGCAUGGCUGGACCUAGCCCAACACAUUCCGAAAGAAGCGCUUGUUUGGUGGGAACUGUCAGAGGAUUUGGAUUAUCUCUGCCUGAUCAGCCAUUCUAAUCAGCUCUUUCACUUGAGUCUGAGGAGCUUUGUGGCGGCUUUUCCAGCCAGUUUGAAAUAUAUGAGUAGUGCACUUGGUGAUGAGACAUUCACUGAGCUGUCCACUCUCAGAACUGCUAAGGCAGAAACAUUUGUCACAACCACCUUAGGCGAUCCACCCUGGAGAAGUCAGAUGGCAGAGCUGCUAACUUUAAACUCAGUCACUAGUCAAACACCAUGGUAUCUCGGUUGUUAUGACGAAGGAUCAAAGAGAACUACUCCGAAUGGGAAAACCGCUAUCACUGGAUUCAGAAAGAAGCAUCAACCUGUGACUGACACCACAGUGUUAACAUCUGAAUUGAAGAUCGUGAAAGAGAUAGCCCUGGAUGUAACAUUAACGGCUAAUAUCCACCAAGUGGUUGUGUCUGCAAAUAGUGUUGACGUAAAGUCAGGAGGUUUGACGGAAUUCCACCUUGGGAUCUGUAACACCACUCAAGGCACUGUUAUCAUUCAUGGAUUCAGCCCUGGGGAGAUACUGCUGUUAUCAGACGCUCCUGGACAUCCUCAUUUAUUACUGACACCCAACACUCUAGCCACAGUGGGUCAGUUGGCUGGUCAGGAACAAUUGGUCAGCAGUGUCAUGUUAUACGGAGGAGCAGGGACUGCUGAUGUGUUGUGUCACUUGAACAAGUGGGAUCGCUGCACAAUUCCCAUCAACACCCUGGAAACAGGUCUCAAACACAGGCAACUGGACACUGUGACCUUUUUCCUCAAGAGCAAAGAAAACUUGUUCUCAAGUAACAGGACCAAAGUUAGCUCCCCUUCCUCAGAUGGCGCUGAUGGCAGUGCGACAUUCUCCUGGGUGCCGUCAUACAGUCAUGAGGAGAACUUCAGCCAGGUGGAACCAGCCCUUGACCUCCUGGUGCAGUGUGUAAGGGAGAGCGUUGCUGAGGCGCAGUCACGACAGUUUGCGGAGCAGCUAUUGUCAGUCACACUUCAUCAUCUGUACGGACUACAGGCUGAUGCGCUGGUUGUGGUGCGCGACUGCUGGGGCUCCCCUUCCCCCUUCCCCGAGGAGAGUCAGGAGGUGGAAGUCCUGGAGGGGAUUGCGGGAAAGCUGAUGUUAAAGAUAGGCCAGCUGAGACGCUUCCAGAGG